AUAUCUAAUUUUUGUUUUUCUAAAAUGCUUUCAGGAAUUCACGAAGCAAUCUCCUCAAAUUCACUUGAUUCCUACAGUUUGUCUCUGCUUAACCCCUACAUGCCCAACCUUAGUGCAGCAUGGCUCUUUCAGAAAGCAAUGUCAGGCCAACCAAGUGAAAAAGUUUCUCCAGAUUUCAUUAAUGAGCUUCUUUCAAUUAACUUCCAGUGCAUGAAGAGGCUGAAAGAUCCUGUUCUACGUCCAUUUCUUCAGGAUGUGAUACAAUUUGAACCAUUAGCAAAGACUCUUGGACUGAUUCUGCUAACACAUCCAGGAAUAUUACCUUCUAUAUUUAGUCAGGUGGGAUUCCUAAUGGUCCUAGAAUGGAUGGCCCACUUUGCUUCACUUGGUUCAUACACCUUUCUCUCUACUUUUGUAUCCCCCAUUUUAAGGUCAUGGGUGAAGAACCUUCCUAAGAAGGAGAAAUAUAAGUGGAACAGGUACCUUGAAGCUUGGGAGUAUGGUUCAGGAUUAGACUACAAGCUUUAGCAAGCAAAUGUGCUACACAAUUUAAGUUUCACCUACAUCUUGAGCUCCUUCUAUCUUUUAUAUUAUUGACAUAGAUUUAGUAUUAUGUAGUUGCAGUUGUGAAUCAAGAUAUGAAUUUGUUGAGAGUCAAAUUUGUGUUUGUAUAUUUUGACACAAACAUUGUGUAUUAUAAUACAUUAUCUAAUUAGCUUACUCAAUAUUAUUAUCGGAUGUAUUUUGAGAUCAACUGUAUUUUGUGGUAGUACGAAUUUCAUUAUAGUAGUGACACAAACAAAUACUUUAAGUGCUUUUAGAUAUGUUGAGAAUUAGUUGCUACUUAUAUAAAAAAAAAAAUUGUAGCUUUCACAAUCAACUUUGUUGAAAACAUGGUACUCUUAAAAGACCAUGUAUUUGUUCCAAAAUGCUAAUUAAAAUUUGAUUUUAUAGUUUUA